AUGCUCGCAACCCUCCUCAACAUCGCCUUUUACGCAUCCACAGCACUCACGCUGGCAAUCAUACUCCUCUCUCCGUCACGGUAUACAGCUUCUUCGUCAGCACAACAAGAUGAGUCCGGCAAAUCGAAAGCCACUGUUCAGAUCCUCGUACUAGGGGACAUCGGUCGCAGCCCGCGCAUGCAGUAUCAUGCGCUCAGUGUCGCGAAAGGUGGAGGACAAGUGGACCUCAUCGGCUACCAUGAAUCGGAAGUCCACCCCGAGAUCGUCUCGCAUCCCCGGAUAUCCAUCGUCGCGCUUCCUCCGCACCCGAAUUGCCUCCAAACCAGCAACAAGCUGCUAUUCCUCCUUUUUGGGCCACUCAAAGUGCUAUUCCAGAUUGGUUGCCUCUGGUGGAUUCUCGCCUACCGGACAAAGCCAGCCCAAUGGCUCCUCGUCCAAAACCCCCCCUCCAUCCCCACCCUCGCCAUCAGCUCCCUCGUCUGCCUCCUCCGCAAAACCAACCUGCUAAUCGACUGGCACAACUUUGGCUACACGAUCCUGGCCCUUAAGCUGGGCGACACGCACCCGCUCGUGCGCCUCUCGCAGCGCUACGAAAAGUUCUUCGGCCGGUUCGCCACGGCGCACAUCUGCGUCACCAACGCCAUGGCCACCGUGCUUAAACGAGACUUUGGGCUCCAUGCCCCCGUUCUCCCCCUCCACGACCGACCGGCCGACCACUUCCAGCCUAUCCCUGACCAAUCCACCCGCAACGCCUUCCUCCUCUCCCUGCCCCAAACCGCCGAACCCUUGCGCGCCCUCGUGAAAACCAACCGCCUGCGCGUCCUCGUCAGCUCCACCUCCUGGACCGCCGACGAGGACUUCUCCGUCCUCAUCGACGCCCUAUGCCGAUACUCUGCACUAGCGGCACAAGAAGGCGACCUUCCCUCCGUCCUGGCGAUUAUUACCGGCAAGGGCCCCCAGAAGGAGAUGUAUCUCAUGCGCAUCAAGGAGCUGGAGGCCGCCGGGAAGCUGGAGAGGGUGACGAUCCGCACCGCGUGGUUGAGCAUGGAGGACUACGCGCGUCUGCUGGCGUCGGCGUCGCUGGGCGUCAGUCUGCAUACCAGUAGCAGUGGCGUGGAUCUGCCGAUGAAGGUUGUGGAUAUGUUCGGAGCUGGGCUGCCGGUGGUUGGCUGGAACCGGUUCGAGGCGUGGCCGGAGCUGGUGACGGAGGGGGUCAAUGGACGGGGGUUUGGGAGCGCGGAGGAGCUGCUGGGCCAUUUGGUGGAGCUGUUUGGGGAUGAUGCGCAGCUGGAGAAGCUGCGGGAUGGCGCCAGGAGGGAGAGUACGCGCCGCUGGGAUGGGGAGUGGAAUCCGGUGGCUGGGAGGUUGUUGGGGUUGUAUUAGUGGUUUUGUGUUAGCAGACUACAU